CGAGUAUGUUCUGGCUUUAUUGUCGCUUUUCAUGACCUAAAUCAAACCGUCAAUUAAAGAAGCUUACCAUACACCCAACCGCAGGAAAAGAUUCAAGACCAUUAAAAGCAGUCAACACAGAUGACGUGACUCUAAGCGAUUCCAACCAAAACACGCCACGUGUACGGGUACUCUUCUUCCUUGAGCGCGGACGUCAAAACUAACUAUCAACUAAAACUUUGAAACUACCUAUUGGGGUCCGCUGUCUCUCUCUGCCAUCAGAAGAAAAACCAAACACAGCACCAACUCGAAGAGAGAGAGAUUUGCCAUUUUCGGCAAGCUAGUGUCUUUUAUUCUAGGGUUUCUCUAGUUGCUGCUGCGUAAAAAAGAUGGUGAACUGAAUUUGCGGCGGAGACUUUUCAGAUUGACGAAUUGAAUCAAAGUUCUUGAAUAUGGCUUCUGUGGGAACAUUACCGGCUUCUUCUGUGGCUACAAAACAAAGCAAUGCUUCCAUAUGCGCUGAAAAACUACCUGAAGGGAUUAAUGAGAUGAAGAUAAAAGAUGAUAAGGAAAUGGAAGCAGCUGUGGUUGAUGGGAAUGGAACUGAAACAGGUCACAUUAUUGUUACAACUAUUGGUGGUAAAAAUGGUCAGCCUAAACAGACAAUAAGUUAUAUGGCAGAGCGUAUCGUUGGACAAGGUUCUUUUGGGAUCGUUUUUCAGGCCAAGUGUUUAGAAACGGGGGAAACUGUUGCAAUCAAGAAAGUUUUGCAAGACAAGAGAUACAAGAAUCGUGAGCUGCAGACAAUGCGUCUUCUUGAUCACCCUAAUGUUGUAUCCCUCAAGCAUUGUUUUUUCUCAACGACCGAAAAAGAUGAGCUGUAUCUCAAUUUGGUCCUUGAAUACGUUCCUGAGACUGUAUAUCGCGUCUCAAAGCACUACAGUCGGGCAAACCAGAGGAUGCCCAUGAUAUAUGUUAAACUCUAUACUUAUCAGAUUUGCAGAGCUUUGGCUUAUAUUCAUGGUGGAGUAGGAGUCUGCCACAGAGACAUAAAACCACAGAAUCUUCUGGUUAAUCCUCAUACGCAUCAAGUCAAGCUCUGCGAUUUUGGUAGCGCAAAAGUUCUGGUCAAAGGCGAACCAAACAUCUCAUAUAUCUGCUCCCGUUACUAUCGAGCGCCUGAACUUAUAUUUGGAGCCACAGAGUAUACGACAGCUAUUGACAUAUGGUCUGCAGGCUGUGUUCUUGCUGAAUUGCUCCUUGGACAGCCUCUAUUUCCAGGUGAGAGUGGAGUCGACCAGCUAGUCGAGAUAAUUAAGGUUCUUGGAACACCAACCCGGGAGGAAAUCAAAUGCAUGAAUCCAAACUACACUGAAUUCAAAUUCCCUCAAAUAAAGGCUCAUCCUUGGCACAAAAUAUUCCAUAAGCGUACACCUCCAGAAGCUGUAGACCUCGUCUCAAGACUACUCCAGUAUUCUCCAAACCUCAGAUCCACCGCUAUGGAGGCAAUAGUUCACCCGUUCUUCGAUGAGUUACGUGAUCCCAAUACACGUCUUCCUAAUGGUCGCCCAUUGCCUCCUCUCUUCAACUUUAAACCUCAAGAGCUAAAAGGAGCAAGUUCAGAGUUGUUGUCCAAGCUUAUACCUGAUCACGCCAGAAAACAAUAUUCUGCUGGUGAUGACGAUUUUGCUGAUUGGAAUACCGAUGAUGAUUUGGAGAUCGAUAACUUUCAGUCAUCUCCACCGUCAUCUCCAAUACAGUCCAGGGUCGAAACUUUAGUUGGUGUAGCUGUGACAACUAGUUCUUUGAGCUCUCCUACGGAGACAACUGAUUUAGUUCAGAUGGGUUUCUCAGACGAGAUUUUUGCUACAUUGUUUGACAUGGGAUUUCCUGUUGAGAUGAUUGCUAGAGCAAUCAAGGAAACUGGACCAAAUGCAGAAACUUCGGUUAUAAUUGAUACUAUCUCCAAAUACUCAAGCAACUGUGAAGCUGGUUCUUCCAAGUCCAAGGCUAUUGAUCAUUUCCUUGCGAUGGGAUUUGAUGAGGAAAAAGUUAUCAAGGCCAUACAUGAGCAUGGAGAAGAAAAUAUGGAAGCAAUUGCAAAUGCACUCCUCUCUUGUGCAGAGGCUGAGAAACUGCCAGUAGUAGAGGAAGAAGAUGUCAUUGACUGGUCAAGUGAUGACGAGACCAAUUACUCCGAUAUAUUAGUCUCAGAUGAUGAGAAGGAUCCAAACUCUAAAGAAAACAGUAACCAAAUACGGUCUUUGGUGAGAAUGGGUUUCUCGGAGCUGGAAGCUUCUCUAGCUGUGGAGAGAUGUGGAGAAAAUGUGGACAUUGCAGAGCUCACGGAUUUCCUUUGUGCUGCUAAGAUGGCUAGAGAAUUUAGUGAGUUUCACACUGACCCUGAAGAACGAAAGCCUAGAAAUGACAUUAAGAAAAGGCGGUUAGAUUCAAAAAAAGAGCAAAGGUCAUCUGUUGAUGACGAGCCGGUUCGCCUACCAAAUCCAAUGAUAGGAUUUGGGGUUCCAAACGAGCCAGGACUUAUCACACAUCGAUCGCUUCCGGAGUUAGCCCGAGGGCCACCUUUUUUCUACUACGAGAAUGUCGCCCUCACACCUAAAGGCGUUUGGGAGACUAUCUCAAGACACCUAUUUGAUAUCCCACCUGAGUUUGUGGAUUCAAAAUAUUUUUGUGCUGCAGCGAGGAAGAGAGGCUACAUCCACAAUCUCCCCAUCAACAACAGAUUCCAGAUUCAGCCUCCACCAAAAUACACCAUUCAUGAUGCAUUUCCUUUGAGUAAGAGAUGGUGGCCAGAUUGGGAUAAAAGAACCAAACUUAAUUGCAUUUUGACUUGUACAGGCAGUGCCCAGUUAACUAACAGGAUCCGUUUAGCCCUUGAGCCUUACAAUGGAGAACCAGAACCGCCUAAGCAUGUACAGAGAUAUGUGAUUGACCAGUGCAGAAGAUGGAAUCUGGUGUGGGUGGGGAAAAACAAAGCUGCCCCACUCGAGCCAGAUGAGAUGGAGAAUAUUCUGGGAUUUCCAAAGAAUCAUACUCGUGGUGGAGGAAUGAGUAGAACUGAGCGCUACAAGUCUCUGGGAAAUUCUUUUCAGGUUGAUACUGUGGCGUAUCAUCUGUCUGUACUGAAACCCAUCUUCCCACAUGGAAUCAAUGUUCUCUCUCUUUUCACGGGUAUUGGUGGUGGAGAAGUGGCGCUUCAUCGUCUCCAAAUCAGAAUGAAGCUUGUUGUGUCUGUUGAGAUCUCAAAAGUCAACAGAAAUAUUUUGAAGGACUUCUGGGAGCAAACUAACCAGACUGGAGUUUUGAUCGAGUUUUCAGACAUCCAACACUUGACUAAUGAUACAAUCGAAGGGUUGAUGGAGAAAUAUGGUGGAUUUGAUCUUGUAAUCGGAGGAAGUCCUUGCAACAAUCUUGCAGGCGGUAAUAGGGUAAGCCGAGUUGGUCUUGAAGGUGAUCAAUCUUCGUUGUUCUUUGAGUAUUGCCGUAUUCUGGAGGUGGUGCGUGCAAGGAUGAGAAGAUCUUGAUCAUUCACUUUACCUGAAGUAGAUUGAAGUAGAUAUGACUUGUUGAAAUACUCUAUUUUGUCUGCUUUGUGUCUGUCAGAUAUAUUGGGAUAAAAAUCUAGUUGAACUUAAUUUUUCUCGUAUUUGUUAUGUAAUUUGGCCAUGAAGGUACAUCAUUGAAUAAUAUAAGUCAACCUAA